AUGUCUGGAAGGCUGUGGUCCAAAGCCAUUUUUGCUGGCUAUAAGCAGAGUCUCCAGAACCAAAGAGCGCAUACAGCUUUUCUUAAAAUUGAAGGUGUUUAUGCCCGAGAUGAAAUAGAAUUCUAUUUGGGCAAGAGAUGUGCUUAUGUAUACAAAGCAAAGAACAACAAAGUGACUCCUGGCGGCAAACCAAACCAAACAAGAGUAAUCUGGGGAAAGGUAACUCGGGCCCACAGAAACAGUGGCAUGGUUCAUGCCAAAUUCCGAAGCAAUCUUCCUGCUAAGGCUAUUGGACACAGAAUCCAAGUGAUGCUGUACCCUCAUGCUGUACCCCUCAAGGAUUUAAACUAAUGAAAAGUCAAUGAA